CAAUGGCAUUGACUUUGAAUGUUGUGUUCAAUGCUUUCCAAACAUUAGUAUUGAAUUGCAUUUGAUUUAAACGUUUGCUUUGUUUAUCACUUCUUUAACCACAAUAUGUCUAAUCAAUUGUUUAACACCAAUGAUGACGACUCUGAUGAAGAUAACGAUGACUUUGACUAUAAGCCUGAAAAGGAGGUCCUAAGUGACGACAGCUGUUCCGAUGAUGCAGAAGAUGGGACUCACAACAGGAUAGAAGUGACACAAACAACAGAUAAGGAAAAAAUAAGUGAAGAAGUUAUCAAACAAAAGGAGGACUCAAUUUGGGAAGAGUUUUGCAAAGAUUUACCAAAAUCUGACGCAACGAAUGAACCAUCAAAUAGUUUGAACAAAAAAAGUGAAAUAUCGACAACAAUGACCAAACAAACGGUUACCAAGACGUAUGACUUUGCCGGUCAAGAAGUUAAGGUAACAGAAGAAGUUGAGGUUAAAUCGAUUCCCAAUUCAUCGACAAAUAGUAAGAGUGAACAGACAGACAACAAUACUAAUGUCAGAGGAAUAAAAAGAACGGCGGGUUUAGGCAGUCUUGUGGAUCAAUUAAAGAAAUCUAAAAUGAGUGUUUUGCAGAAGACUUUUCACGAUUGGGACAGCUUUAAGAAGAAUGAAGGCAUUGAAGAAGAGCUUAAAAAACAUAACAAAAGUAAAGAUACAUUUGUCGAUAGACAGGCUUUUCUUCAAAGAUCAGACUUAAGACAAUUCGAAAUCGAGAAACAAAUUCGUGAAAAACAACGAAAUCAACGACAACUUAAUAAAGACUAAGCGAUCGAUAUUUUAGUGAUUGUCAUAUCUGUUGUUAACAACUUAAGAAUUAACUCAAUUGACCCGAGUUUCACAAUUAGACCAAUCAUUUAAUAAACAAUUGAUUGAAUUACGGUAAUUAAUAUCUUACGCACCGGUAUUG